GAAAUAAUACAACGAAAGGCUCUAGGAAGAACUGCACAAAUUGGGUUUCUCUAUGACGCUAUUAGAGAUACCUUCCAUGGAACCUCUAUCUUCAGGAAAGAGCUUCCACCCGGGUUAAUCAAGCAAGUUUCCCCUUACAAUAUUAAUUUAUCAUUUGAGUGCGAGGAUACAUACAGAGAAAAGUUUAAUAAACUAGAUGUUGAAGGGCAAUUGAGAUUAAAUGUUCUCUCAGGCCUGCUUGCUUUGGAAAGAACUGGAGAGUAUCUAAGCAACGUGAAGGAUAGUUAUAAAAUUAUAAAAGGCACUUUGGUGUGCAAAACAAUAUUAUUUAUGGAUUAUUUAGAACUUAAUUAUGAUACUUUGAAGCCUUGCAUUUCUACGGACCCAUUUUCUAUACAAGAUGCUACCCAUGUUGUUACAAGUAUAAAGUGGGGUGCAAACGUAAUAGUCUCAUUUGAUUACAAGAAUGAGGACAAAAAAAAAAGGUCUGAAAUUAAGGUAGCUUUCGAAUCUAACCUUGAUAAAAUUUCGACUUGCAUUGGUGCUUCUGGGGGCAGCCAUCUAGAAAAGGAUAAGGAAAAUUCUUACAGCAAAAAUUUUAUUGCUGAACUUCCUUUAGAGAUACAAAAGCAAACUAAUGGAAAAGGAGUUCCGAUCGAGUAUACACUCUAUCCGCUCUCUAAAAUUGCAAAAUCGGUCAAACUAGAUAUUGCUAUCGAUCGUAUGAUAAUGAGCUUGAGUGAAGAGACUAUUUCAAGAGUAGAAAAUAUUUUUGAUGAUCUCUCUGAAUCUAAAUGUAUGUUAAAAGAUUUAUAUGACGAUGCACAAUCUAUUUAUGGUCAUAUACUUGAUGAAGUUUGGAAUAAAAUCAAUAAAACAAUGCAGAAUUUCAAUCUAGAGGAAGCAAAAUUUAGAAAUGAUCUUGCAAAAUGUCUUAUCGAAGUACGUUCUGGAAGAUCUGACAUUAGUGAAAUUGAGAUAUUAUUACAAAAAUUUCAGAAUAGCGUGUUAUCAACAAAUUGUACUACGAAAUUUAUUCAUCAAUACCGAAAUAUAUCUGAAAAGGCCAGUCUUAUACGCAACCUUAAAUCAAAAAAUGUAGAAUAUAUUGAUAAAGAUUCAACUAUUGAAAAAUUUCUACAUUAUAAUGAUGUCUAUAUACUCCUUGACCCCGAUGAAUAUAUCAUUAGCGGUAACUCAUCACCUGAACGAAUUAGGUUUAAGGAUUUAUAUGAAAAUUCCAAUAGUAGUUUAAGUAAAUUCUUAAUAGCGGAACUUAAAAUAUGUACAAAAAUAAAAGGACCAGAUUGUCCGGUUGUUCGCCAUUAUGUUAAUGGGAAAUUAGCAGAUAACUACUAUUGUGAUGAGAUAAACAUAUUGUUGCUUGGAGAAACUGGUGUAGGAAAAUCUACAUUUAUAAAUGCUUUCGCGAAUUAUCUCAAGUUUGGUUCACUAGACAGUGCAAAAUGUGGAAAGAUGGAAGUGUUGAUACCGUUCUUUUUUACAAUAACAGAUGAGAAAUAUGAAAAUGAGGAAACUGUAAAAAUAGAAAGUGAUGACUUAAAUGAUUCAAAUGAACGACUUGAAAAAGGUGCAUCAUCCACUCUAGGAUGCAAAUGCUAUAUAUUUCAUGCAACUGACAACAGAAUUAUAAAAUUAAUCGACACUCCUGGAAUAGGAGAUACUAGAGGAGUAGAUCAAGAUGCGAAGAAUUUUGAGAAUAUUCUAAUGCAUAUAUCUUAUUAUCCAUAUUUAAAUGGAAUAUGCAUCCUUUUUAAGCCAAAUCAAUCACGAAUGUCUUUAAUAUUAAAGUAUUGCCUGCACGAACUAUUGUCACAUCUUCCUAAAAGUGCUAAGGAUAAUAUAUUUUUUUGCUUUACUCAUUCUCGAGGAUCAAGUUAUCAUCCAGGAGGAACAUUAUUCUUACUUCGUAAAGAGCUCGACAUAUUUAAGGAAACAUCAAAUGUUGAAAUAACAUUCAACAAAGAAACAAUAUUUUGUUUUGAUAAUGAAUCAUUUCAAUUUCUAGCUCAAAUCAAAAGAGGUGUUAAGUUUACAAAAAAUGAUGAAGAACAGUUUAAAAAAAGUUGGGAAAAGUCAGUAGAAGAAUCAGCAAGACUUAUAGAACACAUUAUCAACCGCCAGCCUCACAAAGUAAAAGAUACAUUAUCGCUCAAUAACUCUAGACAAAUGGUGAAAAUUCUCCUUAAUUCUCUUGCUGAAAUACAGGUACGCAUUGCUGAUAGUAUUAAUGAUAUAAAUAUGGAACAAAAAGAAAUACAAGAAUCCAAUAAAACCAUUAAAGAGCUUAAAGAAGAAAUAUAUAUAAAAAAGUUAGAAAUUGAAGAAAAAGUUCUAGAAUACCCCAGAACUAUAUGCACGGGUGAUACGUGUACUGAAGAAUUUCAAAUUGAUGGAAAAAAACAACAAAUUUAUAAAAUUUGUUGUAAUAACUGCCAUCUAAAUGUUAAAUCUAAAAAUUUGGGAAGAAUCAUUUUAUUAUUUUGUUCAGCCAUUAGGUUUAAUGGAAAAUGUAAAUUUUGUCAAUGUUCCUGGAAACAACAUAUACAUACUGCUCAUAUAACUACAUGUACGCCUACACAGUCUAUUAAUCCGGAUAUAGAAUUUAAGAUUAAUGAAAAAUUAUCAGAUGCUGAGCAAAAACAAAUAAGGAUAAAAGAUCUCCAAAAUUUAGUAGAUCAGAUAGUAAAAGAAAAGGAAUCGAUUAUCAAAAUUCAAAAUAAAUUUGCAAAGUUUUUAAUACAAAAUACAAUGUCACUUUAUAACGUCACAUUUAUACAAUAUGUAGACAAGCUUGUAGAAUAUGAGAAAAAAAAAUUUGACGAUGAGAGAAUAAAAGCUGAGAGAAUUAAAGUGUUUGAAAAUAUGAAGGAUGAAUAUUCAAAAAUUGAAAGGGUUAUAAAUGAAGCUGCUAAAAAUAGCAAUUUUAGUAAUGAUAAUAACUUAAAAAACAUUGCUGAACUUGAAAAAGAAUUAUAUGCUUUGCCAUUGUAUGGGCAAAUCUUGAAGGUUGCAAAAUUGGAAGAGGAAAAUAAUCAAGAAAACGGAUUUAGAUAUGCAGAAAAACACUACGAACUGUUUAAUGAUAAUGGUAGUUCAAAACUAAAAAUCUCACAUGUAUUUGUCAAAAUGUUAAAUAAAUUUAACGAAACCCAAAGCAGUCUAGUUAAGCGAAAUAAACAGAGUGAUAAAAGUAGAA